AUGCGCAUUAUUCUCGGUGUAGUUUAUCAUAUACUUGUGUUUGCUCAAAAAACAAAAGAGUUAAUGGCGGAUCGUUGUGAUAUUAGUCAAAGAUUUUAUGCUCUACGAAGUGUUAACAGUAAUAAUAGUAGUACAGUAGUUGGUGAAAACGCCAACGAGCUAAAAGGUGUUAAAACAAGUGCUUCAAGCACGCUUUGUGCUGCUACAGCAGUAAAACGGAGUCAUUCACCAAGAAUCGAACAUGCCCACGAAAGUAAUAAAAGAAGCCGUGGAGAAGAUGAAUUAAGUGAAGAUACGGUAACAGUGGACCCUGGGACAAAUACAACUGCAGCCGUCGAACGAAAGCUCUUAGAUAUAGAACUUAUUGAAGUAACUGAUGAAGAACUUAUCGAUUUUGCAAUAAGUAUGGAACGUCGCCAUCCCGAAUUCUUUACACCAUCUGGUGCACUAGCUAAGAAGAAACAGUAA